GCCCCAAACAGCUGUGUUGUGAAAGGGGAAACGGGAUUGGACAAAUGGAAAAACAAAGCAGACACAAUUUUUGAAUCAAGCCCAGGAAACAUUCGAAAAUUGGUCGUCAUUCGUGAGAGCUGUGAAAAAUCUGCAGCAUGAGAUUAGUCCUGAAGUGUUAAUUAGGAUCAGAGUCAAUGGGAAAUUAAGUGCAAAAUUCAUAAGUGAUUUUAAAAGGUGAAUCAGCUGUGGAUUCGUAUAUGUUCCAGAACCUUCUCGUUGGUUUUCUUUUUUAUCCAGUGGCGAACUGACCCCAAGCAAAGCUUCAGCGACGACCUCGAACAAAGAACAAAGAACAAAGAAAGCCCAGAGCAACUGCAUUUGCCUUGUAGCCGUAUUGCCAUACAUAUAUAACUGACUGAAACCGGUGUUAGCCAAGUUCGCACAUAUCCGAAAGCAGUUGCUGCAGCUGCCUAACGUCGCAUUUCCGCCAGCAGAACAGACAGCAGACAGCAGAGAGUUCGGAGUGAGGAUGGAUGACCAGGAAAAGGCGACCGGACAACCUGGAUUCCAAGAGGAGCUGGAGGAGCGUCGGGUCCGGACGGAGAGUGAGAGUUCCGUGGACAGCAUGACCCGCUUCGUGCUGCCAAGUUUGGACGGCACCCCGCCGAAGAUCGUGACCUUGGACGAGGUGUCCGGGAUGUUCAAGAACCUGCAGAACAUGGAGCUGGCCCACGAGAUAGCCCUCAAUCCCGACUUCAAGUUGCAGAAGUACGAACCGCCCUCGGACAGCUUGGAGGGUGCUAUCAAGAAGAUGGUGCACAAGGCGUUCUGGGAUCUGCUGCGCCAGCAACUGGAUCGCCAGCCGCCUUCGUAUGACCAGGCCAUCCGACUGCUGGCCGAGAUCAAGGAGUGCUUCCCGCAGCUGCUUUCGCCCAUCAACGAACGGGCCUUUGCUCACAUCAACGAGGUGCUCGACGACGCGGUGAUCCGGCAGCAGGCGGAGCGGGGAACCCUGGACUUUCGUUCGUACGCCAACUUUGUGAUCAACAUCCUGUCGCGCUCCUGUUCGCCCGCACGGGACGAGGCGGUGGCCGCACUGCGGGAGAUCGACGACGUCGUGGAUACCUUCCGCAGCAUCCUCGAGCUGAUGACCCUGAUGAAGCUGGACAUGGCCAACUUCAUGCUGACCGCGGCGCGAACCAAGAUCGCCGCCAACUCGGUGCAGUACGAAAAGGAGAAGUUCAGCAAGUACUUGCGGGAGUUCCACGGAAAUGCUGGUUUUCCGGCCACCGAGGAUUGGCUGCAGCGUCACAGUUCCGGCACCACCAAUAAGGACGAGACCAUUUACAAUGCCUAUAUGCAGUUGAUUGACUAUCCGGCGGACAAGGAGUUCCCGGAGCUGCUUCGCAUCGAUAAGGAACGCUUUGCCGGCCUGAGUUGGCGUGCGCAGCGCUUGAUCCUGUGUGCCUCACUCAUCUCGAUUGCCCAGAGCACACCCAUCAUUUCGCAGCGCCGCGAGAACCGCGUUAAACUAGCCCGUCAGCUGGAAAUCAUUGUGCAGGAUAUCAAAAACCAAGAUCAAGUCGCCCCAGCACUCGAGGGUUGCUGCGAACAGAUUCGGUCUUUCGUCAACAAGGCGUUGGAGCAGGAGAACAUGCCAGCGAUGAGUGAUGCUGAUCAGGCGGCACUCAAAAACCAGGUGCUUAAGCUCGCCAACAAGACUUCGCCAGUGCCCAGCCUAAUGGCGAAGCGGCUGGAUGGCUAUGUGCGCGUGACCCUGCGCUCCAACGGCAGCAUUCCGCCGCCUCCUGCGGGCUUCGUCGAUUACCAGGAGGAGCUGGUCGCCUUUAUCGCGUCAUUCCGCCGCCUAGUGUCCUACAACCACGCUGUUUUCGGGGAGCACUUCCACCAGAUCCUCGACAGCACAAGUGCCGCGCCGGAGUCCACUGCACCAACAGGCAGUGGAGUGACCACUGGCCAGGCCCAGACUGCCAAGCCCUAAAGAGGAGGGAGGAGAUCGUCUUAGGCAAUACAAAAUAUUAGCACACAACACCCAGACACACCCGUAGGCAACCGGAAGACGGAGGAGAUCUGUUGCUGGACCACUGAAGCAACUCGAGUCGCGGACAGAACUCCCCCUGGAAAGGGAAACGAGCGUUGCUGGUGAUUCCUCUUGCGACAGAUGUUGACGCACACCCGUAAUCACCAUGUAGAACCAAACAGUCCAAGUGCCAAUACCUGUAUCCCCAUUAAACACACAAAAGGGAUUCGAGGCGGCUGAGUGAAAGGAUUUUGCUGGGCGUCUGUGAUAACGAGAAUAUUCAAAUUGAAGUUGAAAUCCUUCUUGGGGUUACGAAAGCGGACUCGACUAUUUAAGCUCUCCAAUUCCUUGUGACCAGCUGCAGAUCGGUGAUCAACCAACCACAUUUUCAAUUUACUCCUACAAUAAACAUUAGAUUAUCAUAAACUGGUGUGUACCUAACCCCUUAACUAACUCUAUAGCUUAACCACCUAUAAAGGAUAUAAAUAAAGUUGAUGGAUUUUACUAAUGACAGCGGUGGUACGACUGCGUGAACCUUGAAAAUGUAAUGCAACUGGCAGACAUGAAUAAGAUGUACUUUUACUUGUGUAUGUAUUUAAUUGAUAUUUGAAAUAAAUAAACUUAAAUUAAAUAAAUGAA